AGCUUCAAAAUAGCCGCCAUGUUCUUAUCAUUUCACCCACUUCUGAAAACGAGGCUACCCAAUCAAAACAUUGAAAAUCUUCACGUGAUCCAUGGCUUCCUCACAUGGAUGGUGUCUAAAGUGACUGUGUGGGAUGUAACCUGCUUAAAAAUGGUCGAAUUUUGACUCAUAACAUCACAAUUGGAUCAUUUUCAAAGCGUGUGCACGUACUGGAGUAAACAUGGAAAUGGAUUUAUGUCUUCAUAGCCCGGCUGGUUCGGAAGCCGUCGUAUAUACAUGGCCUUUACAGGGGACGGAUGGCCGUGAUGGGGCAAAUGAAGUUAUUGAUACCAUACGUUAUGUGUGUGAGGAUGUCCCCGAACUAAAGCUUGCCAUGGAAAAUCAUGUCCUAAAUGAUUAUGACACAAAAAGCUUUCCUAGCAUGAAGAGUCUGUGUGAUAAGUUCAACAGAGCUAUCGAUGGAUUGCGUCAGUUGUGGAAAGGAAUGCCCACACCAGCCCAUAUAGGAAAACGUGCGAGUCCACGACUCUUGAAACACAUACUACAGCAGUGCUAUAACAAAGCAGUUUUAGAUCCUGAAAAGUUGAAUCAGUAUGAACCGUUUUCACCUGAGGUUUAUGGGGAAACAUCAUUUGAGCUUGUUCAUCAGAUGACCCAGUCAAUAAAGUUUAAAGAUGAAGAAACAUUCAUUGAUUUAGGCAGUGGUGUUGGUCAAGUUGUUCUCCAAGUGGCAGCGUCCGCUAACUGUCGACUCUGCUUUGGUAUUGAGAAGGCAGAGUGGCCCGCAAACUAUGCUGAGACGCUGGUAAAAGAAUUCAAGAAGUGGAUGAAUUGGUAUGGAAAAAUAUACAGCGACUUUGAGUUACAAAAGGGUGAUUUUUUAUCUGAGGAUGUAAAAGAGCGUAUAAACACUGCAUCUGUGAUAUUUGUCAACAACUUUGCAUUUGGACCGAACGUCGACCACCAGCUCAAACUUCGCUUUGCCAAUAUGCGAGAAGGUGCUAAAAUCGUGUCAUCCAAAGCGUUCUGCCCGCUGAAUUUUAGGAUAACUGACAGGAAUUUAAGUGAUAUCGGGUCGAUCAUGCAAGUCAAGGAAUUGUCCCCACUAUGUGGCGCAGUCUCAUGGACGGGAAAACCAUUUACAUAUUAUCUACAUAUUAUAGAUAGGACUUUGUUGGAGAAAUACUUCUUACGGAUGAAAAACCCAAAACUCAGGGACUCUGAUGAAGAAAACAUACGUAAAGAUCGUAAAGGCAGGCCGCUAAAUGGGAACGGCCGUGAUGCCUAUUCGUCGACAUUUGAACGUGAGCAGCGCGCCAGUCGACGCGUCAGUUCAGAAACUUACCAGGCAGCCAAGAAUCUAGAAUUCGACAGUUCAAGUAACGACGGAUCAUUCUUUGGUCCGGUGACGAGAAAACAGUGGUCUACGAUUACGCCGACCCACAUUGAAAAUCUCGACGAGACGUCCGACGCUUCUGAAUCGAGUAAAAAACCUAAGAAAACCAAAUCUGUCCGCAAUGGCCGAGUCCAGAAAUCGCGGCCGAAGAGGAAAUCUAAUUUCACGACAAAGAAAAGUCGAUCCCGUGGAAGGAAAGAGACGAAAACCCUUGCUUUGGAUAGUCUUGACUUGCUUCAUGCACAUACAGUGCUUAGUACAUCAAGUAAAGGACUAGAAAACCAAAACUUGAACUACAAUGACCUGAGCAUGGUGACAAAUAACCACAAGACGAAACCGGCCAAGACGCUCUCACAGUGGUCCUUGGAAGAACCAUCGGAGGCACUGGAGGAUCUGAUAGUGAACAUGAAGGCCGAAUUCCUCGAGUUCCUGAGUUUUAUGCGGACACCUCAGUAUAAAGAAAACCUCCGUCAGCAGAUCGACCAGGAGAUGGAUCACAACAAGGAGUUGAAGUGCCGUAUCACCGGACUCGAGAAGCAGAUCAAGAACCUCCAGAAAACCAGUUUGAAUAACUUUGGUAGCAGAUUAGGAGAGAUCGGCAUAUCUGCACACACCCCAACGGAUUUCCUUGCCAAAGCCAAGGAUAUCGUAUCGAAACAUAAGGAAUUAGAAAGCCAUGCGGCUUCGCUACAGAAUGAAGUGAACUACUUGGAACAAGAACAGCAAAAAAUGAUUGCUAAACAACAAGCCCAUCGAAAUCCAGCAAAAAAUAACAUCAAAGCUGAAAACGGCAGUAAUGACGGCAAUCACCAUCAGACUAGCCCGAUGAAAACAAAUCAUCAAAACUCAUUCCAGCCAAUCAGAGCUUCAGUAAAGAAAGAGGAAUCACCGAAAAAAGGAGAAAAUUGGGAAAGUUUUGACGCACGUCUGCAAAGUAUUAUUACAACGGCGUUGAUGGCGGAUAAACUCAAAGAGGAAGAGAAAGCGAGAGAACGGCAGACCUUAUUAGGGAGCAUAAAAAAGGAGGAAAUAUCACCGAUGUCGCAAGCACGAGCGGCUCUCAUACGCCACCUGGAGACGGACAAGAAAGACGGUAGAUUAGCCGGUGCCCCGAACGGCGUCGCGUUGUCAGGCUCUUUGUCUAGUAUGAGCCAGUCUAGUAAAUCUUCAAGCAUUCCAACAAGUCAUUCUCAGGGAGACAGUAAACUUAAUAAGAACCUCUCAGGACUAGGCGAUCGUAGCUGUAGCCCACUCAGGAACACUUACUCGCCAAUUAGCCGACCGAGCAGUUCGAGCAGUACAGAAUCGGCGGAGUCCGUCAAGGAAUUUCUGCGGGGCAGCAAUAGCCCGUACAAGUGUAUGCCUGGUUAUCAGGUGGAGAAUUUCCAAAUCAAGUCGUCUGCUGGUCAUAAUAUGAUGACGCAGGCUUCCUAUACGCCGUUAAAUAUGAUGCAGAUAACCGCGGCGAUGACGAUGUCGCUUCAGCAGCCGAAAUAUGGCUACCCAAUGGCGCAGGAGGAAAAAUGCGAGUCGUGGCUUAAACGAAACGUGACGACGCCAACGAGUAUGUCGCAGGAGCCGCCACGGAUGAGCGUGUCAAAUAAACCUCCAGCGACGGUGCUGCAGACUCAAGAAGCCAAUCAAAAGAAGGGCAGGCGACAGAAACGUGCAAACCCGAAACCGAUCAAGACGGCGGAAGCGAAACGAACGGCGAUCGAACCUCACCACUUUGCUGUCCCAGCGCCAGUUUCAAUGGGUGAGGCGCAGGGAGAUAUUGCAAGUAUGAUGUCGAAUGCUUCUAAACCGCUGCCGAUUCCUCCGAUUGUUACGCCUGAAGCUCACCCAAGGACGUCCCAGGUGGCGCCGCCUGUGACUGGCCACCCGAUGAAGAUGAAGAUCGACCUGAAUCAGGCCACAUGUACCCCUAUACCAGGUAGACUACUCUCGCAUCAGUAUGUUUCCGGGAGGAGGGACCCCGCCAUGAAGGAUUCCCCCAGCAAGAAAUGGCAGGCGCAGAUCAGUAGUGGCUUUGACGCCUUGAUGGCGCUUGCGUCUUCGGAGUUGGAUCGUAACAAGGAGCUGCGACGGAAAAGUUCCGAGGGUGAUCCAGUCUACGAGAUGCCAUUGGUACGGAUGUCUGAAGCAGACGGCAGGCAUCGUCUGCCGGCAGUGAGAGUGGAGACUGUGUCGCCUGUGGUUCCCGCAGGGAUUGGGGAUCGGAAGGAGUUGGAUAGGAUUCCUACGCCAGGGGGCGAGCUGGGCUUGUUAAGUGCAGUGUCUGCCUCGGUGGCUAGUUUAAGUACAGACAGUGUUGCGAACAAAAGCUGUGAUAAAAAUAUAAUCGACGUGGUGGGUGGAGUUCCGAAGGUUGAGAAAGACGCAACUGAUGGGCAACCGGUUGGUGCCGCGGAACAAGGAUGCGUGCAGAAUGGAUUAGACGUGCCCGCGCAGUCGCGUUCACCGAGUCCUAGUCCGGAAAAGGAGCCGCCUGACGAUAAUUACGACAGACAUUUCAAGAAAAAGUUUUUUAUGAAGGACCACCAGUGGCGGGUGCAGAAUGCAGUGCCUGCACCAGCGCCACCACCUAAGGCUGACAGUCGUCAUCCGAAAUUCAGGCAGAAGGGCCGGGAUUGGGAUAAGGGCUUCAACAGUAAUAGCAAUAGUAGUCCAGGACAUUCGACCUCACCAGCCACUAGUGUCGGAAAUACUGUUAAUAUUAACACGAAACCGGAAAUCAACCAUGUUUCAAAAUCACAAGAAGUGACUUUGCCUGUGUCAUCAAGUGUGGCGAGUUCUGCGCCACCGGUGAUGAAAAUGAAUGCACAGGGAUUGGUAUCAGUACCAAAUACGAAACCUGUCGUGUCAAAAAUCGUUCCCGGGUCUAGCAACCAUCCCCGAUUGCCAUCGGCAGCGCCAUCAUUUGAGAGAUCGUCACAACCAAAACCGCAACAGUCGCUCCAACGGCAUCCACCAAACUCUGCAGCUCCCCAUAUGAACCAUUUAGCAUCGCUUCAGGAUGCUAGACUUUUGACUCAGCUUCAGCAGCCUGUGAAAUCGGUUGGAAAAGGCCAGCCGAUUAGGCCCGGCACGGAACCUCUACCGCGGCCAACGGUGCGCCCAAUGCAGGCCUUUUCACAACCACCCGCACAACAAAUGGCUUUGAACGAUCCAAACAUCCGGCCGAACUUUCAGGAACAACCGAAAAAUCACUACUUUGCUCUGAGUAAUUUUCUCCCAAAUAACGGCAGGGUGGAGGCUAUUCGACCUCUGUAUAGGGACUUUGGUGGACACCAGGCGUAUUUUGGAAUCGACCUGACAGGCACACGGCCAAAUAUGAUGGCCGAGAUGACGCAGCAACAAUUCUUUGGUACAAUACCACGGCACGGUAAGCAAGGGCAUCCAUGAUGAUAAGCCAGGUUGUCUGAGGACUUGGGAGCUGUACGACGGUGGGAUCACGUUCGUCGAUGAUGGUACUAGAGCUAUGCUGGUCCUAAACGGCGACAAAUCCAGUUGAGCUUUCUGGAUGGAGUGGAGCUAUUGUGAGCCAUGGACUUGUGUUCUGUGUGUGUGUGUUUGGGACUGAUUUUGAAGAAAAGAGUGUAGUCAACUUGCUGUACUUGUAGCAGUGUAGAGAAAGUUACGGCAACAAGGCUCACAGUAUCAUUAUGAAAUGGCAGCAACAAAGUUAUGGGAUUAUUCAGGGUUUUGUAGUCACUAACAGCAAGUGCAGUGUUGCUGUUUUACAGUUUGUAAUGGCUUGCAUAAUUGGACUAGAUAUGCAUUACGGCAGCUUAUGAGGUCAAGGUUGUUUGGUUAAGGUUAUUGUCGAGGGGAGCUGUGGUUUGUUACUCCAAUUUCUUCUCUUGCGUAGGCAAAAUUACUGACACUAUGCGGGGUGAUUCAACAAAAAAUGCACAAAAUUUCAUCAUGGUCAUAAUUUAAAGGAAAAUGUAGGCAGCAGCUAGGCAGGCAAGAUAAAGUUACACAAAGUCGCCAGUAGGGGUCUCUUACAUCUCCCAGUACGUCGAAAUGAUUCACGCUUGUACAAGGAAUACAUAUAGUGCUGAAUCUGACAUGACCCAUGGCCCUUACUGUGUAUAUCAGUCACCUGAAGAUGGCCAAAUUAGCCCCUCGCUCCUGCCUAUAGUCCCCCUUUAAUAAGGGUUUUGGUAAUAAUGUGUUGAUCAUGUUGAUAUUUGACCAAAACAUGAUGUGCAUAUUUUGAAACACUUGUAAUUACAUAGGCACAAGUUGAUGUUGGGUUCUGAUGGCAGAUUUGUAUUGCGAAUUUUAAGGCUUUUUGAGGUAGAAUUAUAUAUUUCUGUAUGUUGUCUCGAGUUUUUCAAGAGAAAUGUAGGUACAGAACUGCAUGAUUUCUUUCAUACCCUUUUUUUCUGGCAAUGGUUGAUUCCUUUAAUAUGUUGUAGUUGGAUUUUUUAUUAGAUUUUCCUCAAACAUAUUUUUCCUUGGUUGAAGCAGUUUUAAUAAGUUUUGUUUCUUUUUGGUUUAUUUGGUUGUUGCUGGUCCAGAGUUUUAGUUUUGAUUUAUAUUUAUAAGCGGAGUAUUUCAAGAAAAUGCCAGGCCUAUGCUAAUGAGUGGGAAGAAAAUUGAUUUGAAAAGUUGGCAAUAUCAGGACUGAGGAAAAAAAUUGGUGUGCAAAGUUUUCAGAUUGAAAACAGAAUUGUAAAAUUAUUAGCCCGACGACAUGUUCAUUGAAUGAUAAUAUUCGAGCAGGAGCAUACUUGGAGAGAAGGAAUGGGGCAGAAACUAUCUGGUGAUAUUCAUGUGAAAACUAAUUGUGAUGACACCAAACCCGACGGGAUCACCAACUUAAAUUUAAAUAUUGAUAAGUAAUUUCUAUAAUAAACUGGCAAAAGCAUCAUAGAUUCGACUGUGGGCCAUCAAUAAUUCUAUGAUGGAGAAUAUCCAUCAUAGAAUUGAUGGCAACACAUGGUCGUAUAUACCUUGGACCCAUCAUAGAUUCUGUGAUGGAAUCAGUUGUAGAAUUUUUGACGGGCCAUCAUAGAAUUUAUAUAAGAAUUGGUGAAUUAUUCUUUAAUUCCGUAAUUCUGAAGAUGGGCGCUCUGAUGGGUUUUAUAUGCUUCGAUGUUUACGAACGAUUCUAUUACGGAAAUUUUGCCUCUGUAUCAUUCUCAGCCGGUUAUAAACCGAAGACAUUUUUUGGGACGUCCUGUAUUCAUUGUUGUCCAGAUUGUUGACUUUUGCAUCAAUCAUGCCCCGUAUGUAUUAUUAUUAUUAUAUUAUUACUAUUAUUAUUACUAUUAACUAUUUUUACUGUAAUGAUUACAAAAGGACAUCCAGGUUAAAGAAUUCAUGUCAUGAAACCAUAAUCAGUCGGAAUAAAAAAAUAUCUGUCAUCUGUUGGCUGAAGAUUUUGGAUGCUGACAAGUUUGCAGCCUGUGCAUACAUUUAUCGCUACAAUGUACAAAUUUAUAAAAUUUGAAGCAAAGUUGACUUUGUUUUUGUUUUAACCAAACUUAUAAAAAAUUAUUAGAAAAUUUCAAGACUAUGUACCGAAAAGAUUUCAAGCAUCCCAAAUCUAUAGCCACAUUCAUGAAAGCUACAACACUGCCAUGCUUGUAAUGCUUGAUAAAUAUAAAUUUAUAAAUGUAGAUAUAAAUUUAAAUAUAAAUAUUGAUUCUAAUGAUUUUGUGUGAAGUUUACUGGAGCCCCCUGUACACAUGAAGGGGACAAGACAUCCUGUGUAUGAAUGUUUGGAUAUUUCAAGUAAAAUUUGUGUGACGUGAAGUAAAUUUCAUAUAAAGUAACUACUAAUGUUUAUUCCAGGUCUCAUAGAAAUUUACAGGAUUUUCUUCUGAGCAGGAAAUGUAACUCUCCAGGUUUUGUGGAUAUGUAAAUUUUAGAAAAACGUAAGUGGUUGACAUGAGUACAUGUACUCUUGAGAAAAAAUGUCAGAGCACCAGGUUUUGCCAAGUGCAAUGAACACUAAAAUGUUAUUGUUAGAGAAUAGUUUUGCCAGGCUUUAGAUACGACAGUAGGUGAGAAAAGUCUGAACAGCAGAAAUGAUCUAGCCUGAUAUAUUUUGUGUCCCCUCGAAAUUUGAAUAAACUUGAUGACUAAUUCAGUCCUAGAAUACUAAUUUCCUGGUUUAUUUGACAUCAUUAAAGGUCAGGUGCACUGUAUGGUAGGAUGACCUUGUCAGGAUUAAAAUUUUGCGAGGUCAGGAUUUACAUUUCGAUUCAAACUGCCAGAGGUCAGGAAUCAAUUCUCAUGAGGUCACUGUUAUUAGUGUUACAUACUGUAAACCUGAAAAAGUUUGAUUGACUUUUAUCUGCGUGUUUACAGAUAAUUGCAAAAAUCUGAUUGAAAUCUUGCAGCGGUUUUCAAAAUACUAGAUAAAAUGUAGACCAAUGUUACAAUUUGACGAAACCGUGAAAUAAAAUGGUGGAGACCGUUUCCGCGGUUUACAGUAUUGUGUAGGGAUUUUCACUGAGAUUGUUGAGUUGCUUCUGGUGAUGUCAUUGGUAUGUUUUGAACAUUAUGACACUUGAUGAUGUGUUAUACGAUGGUGCAUGCGUAUAUAUACAUGUAUUUGCUUUUGAAGCACAUUUCGAGGGGUUGCAAUGAUGUCAUUACAGGAAGUCCAAUUUGGAGCAGCCGUCAAAAUUCUGGAUGCAAAUUUUUAAAAAGAUAGUAAGUUCUUGUAUAGCACUUUACACUGUGUAACAGUCUCAAAGUGCUUUACACUUAUUUUUAGCUCACCUCUUAGCAGAGGUGAGCUUAUCCCAUACCGUGGCGUCCGUCGUCCGUCGUCGUCGUCGUCGUCGUCGUCGUCGUCGUCGUCGUCGUCGUCCGUCGUCGUCCGUCGUCCGUUAGCAGGGCACGUUUCGUAACUGUUAGAGCUAUUGAGUUGAAACUUGGUACACAUGUACCCUUAUGUAAUGACACCUUGGAGACCAAGUUUCGGUCCGAUUCGUUUCAUGGUUUGGCCACCAGGGGGCCAAACGUUAAAAGUGAAAAUAUGCAAUAUCUCCCUUAAUAGUAGUCGGGAAAUUUUGAAAAAAAUAUGGUAGGUACUUCUAGCAAAGGUGCAUCAUAUAUCGUCCGGGUUUUUGAUUUGACCUCCUUUUCAAGGUCACAGAGGUCAAAUGGUGUAAAUUGGUCGUUAGGAUGUAACGAUGGCACGUUUCUAAACUGCAAUGACUAUUGAUACCAAAUUUGGUACACAUUUACCCCUUAGUCAGGUGAUC